CGGAAGCGGGGACGAGCACAGGGGUGGGGCUGGUCCGAGAGAUGGCGGCGGCGACGGCCGUGAGCAGCGCCAAGCGGAGCCUGCGGGCCGAGCUGAAGCAGCGUCUGCGGGCGAUGAGCGCCGAGGAGCGGCUGCGUCAGUCCCGCCUCUUGGCCCAGAAGGUGAUAGCUCACAGUCAGUAUCAGAAGUCGAAAAGAAUCUCCAUCUUUCUGAGCAUGCAAGACGAAGUCGAGACAGAAGAGAUCAUCAGGGACAUUUUCCGGCAAGGGAAGACCUGCUUCGUCCCACGGUACCGGUUCCAGAACAGCCACAUGGACAUGCUGAGACUGACGUCCCCCGACGAAAUUUCGUUACUUCCCAGGACGUCCUGGAAUAUCCUUCAGCCUGGAGAGGAUGAGGUCCGGGAGGAAGCCUUAUCCACAGGCAGCUGCCUUGUGGACAUCGCCUCUUGGAAGUCACGUGGGCCUCUCAAACACAGCCUCUUCCAGACGCAGUCACGUUCCCUCAACCCCUUCCGCCGUGUGUCUCUCUGGGCGUGGCACCGGCUGCGCUACCGUCAGCCGCCCAGCUGACCGCGCAGGGGUCUCAAGGUCAGCCUUGCUUGCUCCCUCCCUCUCACGCCUGUCGUGCGGUCCUGCGCCGAGUCCCCACGAUCGUACCUGCUGUAUCGAACAUGCCGCUCCCCCCGCCCCCUGCGCCCCGCCGCCAGGACGUCCCGGCCACCGGCUUGUCGCGACGGCCUCCUCGCUGCUCUUUCUCGCCGCGCAGUGUAUCCCCUCCUCCCCUGCCGGUCCACUCUCCGCACAGUAAGUGAAGCAAGACUCCCGAAACGCAGAUCUGACCGCUUCUGUUCCCUGGGCAAAGUCUCUCGGUGACUUCUGCUGCCCGCCCUCUCGUGGAAGGGAACGCCCCUCAACGAGGCUCUUCCCGAUGCGCCCUGUGCUGCCGUCGUUUUCACCUUUCUCCUCCCGCCUGCAUAAGCCACGUCCCGGCCCCUCUGAGUGUCUUGCCUCCCGCCCCCACUCUGCCUUCUCUACCACAGGACCUUUACACAUGCUCUUCCCUUCCCGCAGCCACUCGGGAGAUUUAAUCAUUAGGAAGCAGCCAAAGAGCUAAACACAAAACGAGCUAAGAGUCCUAGUUUGUAACACCGAGGCCCAAACCUUUCUUCAAGGUAUAUUUUUAAGACUUCAGUGGUUGGAAGGAAACCCAAAGCAGCGUUAUGCCCUUGCCUCUCAAUUUCUGUUCUCUUCCAAUGUAACCCCGUAACCUACAAAAUCAGUAAGAUGGGGCGGGAGGGGAUUGAGUCAGGGCUCGUGGUAUUAGGGGGGUUACCUACUCUGCUUCCUUAACCUCCCCCUGUUGUCCAGUCCUGCCCUUUGCCAGACAUUUAGGCACCAAGGGUACACUCAGACCACCUCCCUGCUGGCCCUGCACAGUAGAGCAGAUGAAUGCCAACGUUAUCAGACUCUCGUAUUUUCAAGGGGAAAGAUUGCAAGCAUUUUAAGACAGUGAGACGAUGAAGGGGCGUGGUAUAUCUUGGGGGCGGCCCAGGCAUAUAAGAUGAGGCCCUGACGUCGCUCAGACUUAAUGCAGCCACGUCUCCAGACUCGCAGGCUUGAGGGUGGGACCCGGGACAGUCCACUUCUGUCUGACUCUGUGUUAACUGCUCCUCCAGUGCUCACAUCACCUCUGUAACGCCCCUGCUGAAAUUCCGGAGGCCGAGCCCAGUGUCUUUGCUCUGUCCAUUCUGCAGUGCGUUCCUUAGGCUGAGCCAAAAUGCAUCAGCCUGAACUUCCAUGCUUUUGUUCUAUUUCUGUGUAAGUACAGCAGCUGGAAAAGUAAGGACGAAGCGUGAUCUUUGCUCCUAAUUUAGUUGCACUUCCUGGUUAGAUAAACUCAGGCCAAGUAAGUGAGCUAACUCAUUAUGUAUGGUUUUUAGCAGGUGGCUGGCAUGAUUUGGCACGUGGGCAGAAUUACUCGUUUUACUGUCAACUCAUUGCUAGCCAAGCAUAUAGCAUUUUGGUAAUUUCUAGCAAAUGUUUCGUGAGCAUCUGCGUUGUGGGAGACACUGUUAGGUCUGCAGAGACGAGGUCCUGGACUUCAGGGGGCUCACACUCUAACUGGGGAGACAGCAAGUGUAUGUACGUAGAAAAAUACCCCAGCCUGCAGUGUAUGUCAGAUACAAGCGUCAAAUGCAAAGGUACAGAACGUUACAAAUGUAGACAUUCAGGGCUUGGCUCUGAGUAGAAAGAAGCCUACCCAAGACACUUCACUUUUUCCUCCUCUGUGCGUUUCCACGCCGUGGUUGUGGGACCAGCUGCUCCCCUCCGUGGGUUCUUGGCAGGUACUUGCAGUCUGGGUUGCAAGUGGAUAGGGGAUUACGUCUGGUUUCUUGGAACUGCCGCCUGGGAGGGGAGGCUCUUCGCUGCUGUCGGGAGAGGUGUUUGAGCAGGCAGCCUCUGCCUUUUGUUAUCUGCCCGCGUCGCACUCUGCACACGGGUGUCCCCGGUAUCAGCCGCUAACAACGGGCUAGUUUUGGGGGAAGUACAAAUCUCGCUUCACAGUGUGUGGGACGAGCUGCUUAGAGCUCAGACCGCCGUCCCGCCGUAGCUCCCGUAGCCGGUUUAUCUUUCGGGUUUGCUCGAGUCAUCGCCGCUUAGAAAGGAGUGACCUGAGCAAAGGUCCACCUGGGGUUUGCUACCUAACAAAAUAGCAGAUUGCUAAGUGGAGUAGAGGGGCCGCCUCUCUGCUGAACUUCUCCUCAGAGUGAGGGCUGCUCAGGCAACUAGAUUAGCCACGAGUCUUUCCACGGAGAGUACGUGAUCUGAGUCAACCUGGCUUAACGGAAAAGGGGAUUUUAUUGGCUCAGAGACUGAGAAAUCCACAGAAGGGCGAGCUUUUGAUACACUAGACCGAGUGAUUAGGGUCAACUCUGGCUCUGCUGUGUGACUCCGCUGUCAUCCGUGUGUUCCAGUUGCUACAUGGUGGCCCGUGGUGGCCCGCGGUGGCCCGUGGUGGCCUAUGGUGGCCCGUGGCAGCUUUGGGUUCCACAGCACACUUGCUGUUAGCACUCACGGAAGAAAGGAGCAAGUUUGCCAGUAAAAUCCUGGUCUUAUGCUCGCUGACCCAGGUUGGGUCAGAUGGCCUUUCCCAAAUCGGUCACCGUGGCCGGGGACGUGGACUGGGCCAGCUCCCUCAUGCCCUCCCGGUGCCAUUUCCUGCGACCUGGGAGAAGGACGUGCUGCCCGGUAGGGGGUGCUGUGCUAACCACUGAGCUGACGGGACAGUUGGGUGGGUGACCCCCUACGGGGAAGAGUAGUGCGGUUUGAGAGCAAGGGGAGCAGGGGCCGGAGCAUCCACGUUCACUGUCACAGGCACUGCUGUCCUUCCUGAAAUCUGCAGAGGACAGCAUGCUGCCGUGUCCUCACUGUCGGCCUUCGUGUUUUAUUUCUGAUCUUUCCAGAGGCUCUGUGUGUGGGUGCCGAGUCCUCACGGAACGAUCACAAAGAAGACUUUCCAUCCCAACCCAAACCCUCCACGGUAGUGGCGUGGGACCCUGCCGGGGACACGGUCUUGAGCGUGUGGCCUGCGGCAUCCAGCUGGGUUGUUCGUGCUCUGUGCUUCCGGGCGGGCUAUGGCUGCUUUGCUGAAAGUAACGCCCGUGAAACCGACCUCGUUUCUUUCUUUAAUAGGGUUGCACGGCCUCUGAAAGAAUGUGGUAAGGAGAGUGGGUUUGAAUUUCAUCGAGGCGUCUGACUGAGUCAUGAUGUCCUUGAGGACAAGCUGGCUAAAUUCAGACGGAUGAUAAUACUUUAUUCCGAAAAUACGUAUCGAGCGCCUGGUCUGUGCGGGUGUGAUGGGGGCACAGCAGGGAACGGGGCGGACCUGUCCCCACCGCUGGGGAGCCGGCAGCUGUCCUCGCCACAGCGGGGUCGUGCUGGCCUCUCACCGGGCUCUCUGUCCCUCUCAGCUCGCCCACUGUCCCCGAACUUGAGCAUUUGCGUGAGUUCCUUCUGAUCAUUCCCGCUGUGCUUUUCACAUUUCUGGGAGAAGCCGGUUUGUGGACGUAGGAUGCUCCUGGUCUGUUUUGCACCCUCCCAGGUGUUCAGAUAGCGCCAGAGUUUCCUGUGCAGUUUUUCAUCACCUGUUUCUGAUUCUAGUUUAGGGGAAUCUUCUGUCCACCGUUUUGAGUCUUCAGUUCCAUUGGAAUACAUUUCGAAUUGGUUCCUGGACAUAUUAAUUUUCCUAAAAUACCUUUGGGGAUAGGUCACCCGCCCUGUUCACGCCUCUUCCCUGGAUGCUGGAUGGGCCUGAGCUCCGAGCAGACCAUGGUUCCUGCCAGCUAGUUCUGGCCAGAGGAAGGGACAUCGGGUAGAAUUUGAAUAUUCAGGCCACCCGCUGGGCCUUACCUGCCCUCCCACCUUGACCCCGGCUUCUCUCUGCCACUCCUCUGCUUUGGCCGGAGCGUCUGCUGGAAGCCAGCCUUUCCCAGCAGUCAGACCGUAGGUUGGAGUCCGAUAAACCGGGUGUGCGUUCUAAUCUGGCUGCUUGCUGUGACUGGAAAGAUGGCUCGCGUCCUUUGAGCUUCCGUCUUCUCCUCCACAGACGGAUGUCGCGGAGCCGCUUCCGCGAGAUGGCGUCAGUCGGUGCCGCUGAUCUCGCUGCCGGUGACCCGUUGUCCGCAGGCACGCCACGCGCAUCACCGUGACACCCGUGUCCGCUGUGUUUCCGGGCUGGAAUGUCUUCCGUGUUUGUUCCUUCAAGGCCGUGUCUUUUAGUCUAGUGCUUAAGCUCCCUGCCUUUGGAGGCAGACUGAUCCGAGUUGGAAUGUAGGCUUGACCAUCUGGGAAGUUACCUGCCUCUCAAAGCACAUGUUUUUUUCAUGCGACAGUUGCGGGAGGGGGGAUGUGACGAUGUGCAGGAAGUGCCUCGUGCAGCCCCUCGCGAGGGGGUCCCCAGACGUGGCAGUUACGAUUCCGGAGCUCAGCUACCUUUCCACACCUUCCCCGGCUGCCCCCCCCCCCCCAUACCGCAGUCCCCUUCUCUAAUUCCCACUCACCUGGCUUCUAACACACACUCCCUGUUUUGUUAAUUCUCCUUGGGGUACAUUUUUUUUUAAUUGCUGAUGGACUUUGUGAAAUUAUGAUUGAUAACAAGAAAUACGUAUACUUGCUCUUUGGCCCUGGUUUCUGGCACAGAGCUCCUAAAACCCUUGGAGUGUCCUAAGGGGUAAGAGUGAUAAAGGCGUCCCAGUAUUCAUCAGUAUUCAGCCCCGCCCCAGUGUAUGUUAAUGACAUCAUGUUCCAAUGCACCCAGGGAUGGGGGCUGGUCACAGGGGAACCAGCCUUCUCUGGAGGGCUGGUACUUUCAGGCCAGGGAGGCCAGUGGCCAGUGAUUUAAUCGCACCUAUGUCUUGAAGCUCCCAUAAGAACCCAAGAGGACGGGUUCAGAGAGUUUCUGGGUUGGUGAACGGAGGGAGGUUUGGGAGAGGGGUGCACCUGGAGAGGGCAGGGAAGUCUUGUGCCCAUCCCCACACCCAGCCCUCUGCACCUCUUCCGUCUGGCUGCUCCUGAGUUAUAACAUACUUUUUUAAAAAUUAAAAAAAAUUGUUUUUUAACUUAAAUUCAAGUUAGUUAACAUACAGUAUAGUAUUGGUCUCAGGAAUAGACCCCAGUGAUUCAUCACUCACAU